AUUAAAGUCUGGUUUUUAUAUCAGAUCUAACUCCUUAGUUACAGUAGUCCACCGUACUACGUUCACAACCCUAUGCUCCCUCCUAGAUUUCUCGAUACUUCAACGAAUAACAGCCCGACCUCCAUCCCUCGUUUCUUUUGGCAGUUUCAGCAAUGAGGGUGAUCCCGACUGAGUAGCACAAGGGCAAGGGACACCUUUGGAGCCUUCCUCGGUCAUCAUCAUAAUUCUGCGGGUGAUGCACGUGAUCCAUAAUUCGCACACCUUCAUCAACAACGACAACCCCAAAGUACAAUCUCCAAGGGAACGCAGCAGCAGGCAUGGAAACUGUCUACAGCGACAAGGGAAUUCCACCCAUCGGACCCUAUUCUCAAGCCAUCAAAGCCAACGGCUUUAUCUUCGUCUCGGGCCAAAUGCCCGCCACUUUUGAAAAUGGAAAGAUCAAACUGACGGAAGGCACCGUUACCGACAAGACGCAUUCGCUAUGCCGAAACGCCGCAAUCGUGCUUGAAGCGGCUGGGUCGAGUUUGGAGAAAGUUGUCAAGGUCACUGUUUUCUUUGCGAAUAUGGAUGAUUUCGCCGAGAUGAACGAGGUUUAUGCCCAGUAUUUUCCGCAGAAACCAGCACGGAGUGCCAUCGAGGCGAGGCGUCUGCCAAUGAAUCUGUCUAUGGAGAUGGAGUUGAUUGCGCUGGCGUGAUGGAAGCAAUGCCUGUACGCUGAUGCCAGGUACUCAUGUCAGAAGGCGCACCAAUGCUGUGGAAUAUGCGUGUCCGAGGGCUGGAAUAUUGGUUGCCCCUAACCUGGGCCACCGGACAAGGCUGUGAUUAUGUAAGCAUAUUCAGGGGCCACCAGAGGCAGUGGAGGCUAUAUAUGUACAAAAAUUCAUGAGUGCACUCCUAAGUGUCAACAAACUCA